AUGGCGCCGUUGGGGAAGAUCGCGGGAACCGCAGAAAUCCCGACCUUUAAGGUUCGCGCCCAUCCCGGGCCGCCCGCCUGCACAGGAUUCGCGCUGGCCAAUCAGCAGGCGACGCUCUCCCCGGAGCCAAUCAGCGCUCGGCGGGAGAGUCGCCGGACUGCUCCCUGUGAUUGGUUCGGGGAUGGUGGGCGUGGCCUGUCGGGCGGGGCGGAGGAGCCAAUCAGCGCCCGGCCAAAGCGGCGGGAGAGUCGACGGCCGCCCGCUCCCGUGACUGAAAGCGCGGGUGGUGGGCGUGGCCUGUCACAGGAACUGGAGAAGCAAUACUCCCCCAGCAGAUGGGUCGUCCGCCUGGGACCAGAGGAAGCCCUGCGGACCUACUCGGAGAUGGGAGUCCAGGCCACUGCGAGGGCCCGGGCCACCAGGAAGAGCCAGCUGCACGUGCCCUACGGAGCGGGCGAGGCGGAGAAAGUGGACUUCUACUUCCCGGGGGAAAUGUCUGCAGCUGCACCGGUCUUCCUGUUUUUCCACGGAGGGUACUGGCAGAGCGGCAGUAAAGAUGAGUCGGCCUUCAUGGUCAGCCCGCUCACGGCCCGGGGAGUGGCUGUGGCCAUAGUGGGUUACGACAUUGCUCCCAAAGGAACUCUGGACCUUAUGGUUGACCAGGUGGCCCGCAGCGUGGCGUUUGUCCAGAAGCAGUAUCCGAGUAACCAGGGCAUUUACCUGUGUGGACAUUCUGCUGGGGCCCACCUGGCCGCCAUGAUGCUCCUCACUGACUGGACCAAGCACGGAGUCACACCCAACCUUAAAGCCUUCUUCCUCGUGAGCGGAGUCUACGACCUGGAGCCCCUGCUGUACACGUCACAGAACGCUCCUCUGCACUUGACCCUGGAGGACGCCCUGAGGAACAGUCCACAGCAGCAGCUGGAGGCAGCCCCGGGACAGCAGCCUGCAGGCCCAGCCUGCCGUGUACUGGUCAUUGUGGGCCAGCAUGACUCCCCGGAGUUCCACCGCCAGUCCCGGGAGUUCUAUCAGACGCUGUGCCGGGCAGGGUGGACAGCCUCGCUGGAGGAGCUCCAGAAUGUGGAUCACUUUGAAAUCGUCGAGAAUCUGGCCCAGGAAGACGAUGCACUCACCCAGGUUAUUCUGAAGACAGUGUUCCAGAAGUUCUGAUGGCACGGGACGCUGCCCACGAGCACCUGACCCAGGAACGCCUGUCCUGCGGGGGGCCC